AAAUGUGGCCAAGUAGAGAUGUUCUCUGCACCUUUAAAACCCAAUAGGCCUGCUCCUCUUUCAUCUGCAACCUACCAAUUGUCCUGCUGCACUGAGGCCUCCAACACAGGUCUCCUUUCUAUGGCCAGGGUACCAUGGCUGCUGUCCAUCUUGUUACUGCUGGUGCUCCAUGUGCCAAGGGUAGCCCCCGCUCCGACGCAGCACCUCUGCGGCUCCCACCUGGUAGACACGCUGUACUUCGUAUGCGGAGAAAGGGGCUUUUUCCACAAUCCGAAACGACACCACAAGAGGGAUCUGGAACACUUGCUUAGGUUCCUGUCUAAGAAAAACAGACAAGAACAACAGCUGUGGAGGAAGUUUUCUGGCGGCGACGAGCCCAAGGUGAAGAGAGGCAUCGUGGAGCAGUGCUGCUUUAAGCCAUGCAGCAUUUACCACCUGGAGGGCUACUGUGACUGACCCGCUCACUCCACAUUCACACACACACAACCACUCACAGCUUCGUAUUUGGCCAAAUAUUUGCUGGCUUUGUUUAAAUGACUGCAGCAAAUAAAGCUUCAUGACCCACAACCUCAGAUUCCUCUUUGCAAAGAUGUGACUUUGUACUUUUUGUCUAUUAAGGAUAUCAUUUUGCAGUGGUCUUUUCAACAUGACUGCAAUCCUAGACUGCCCUCUGUUGGCUGAUGCCAGAAUUAGCCAGUAAGAUUCAAACAACUAAAGUUUAAAAGACCACUUUAUUUACAGAUGAAUAUUUGCAACCCAAAAAUACCACAUAAUUUUCUACUCCUGCUAGGUACUUGGCAUUUAAAACUAUUUUUUUCUCCAAAACUAUGACUUUAAAAUAUGUUAUUCGUUUUCAUACAAACGUAUUAAACAUUUCCUUUAAACUACUUUAAAUGACCAUUUCAAGCAAAAGGCAACAACUGUUAAUCUAUUUUAAAGAUCAUUAAUUAAAAAAAAAAAAAAAUUCUGUAAUUACGGUUCUCGGCUAGUAGAAUCUCCCCAAUGUGCGAUUUUCUACAAGGGAAAGGAAAAAAAAGAAUAAAUCAGAUUGACAACAGGCACUGUUUUGUUUAUCAUUUCAUCAUUAAGUCUUUGUGAAAGUGGGGUUUCUGUGUCAUGAAAAGAUAACUGCUCACCGUCUUUUAGAGGCGUCUCAGCAAGCCUGUUCUCCUUAUUGUGUUGGAACGCUUUGCUGGGAUCAAACUUACGCUCGCAACCACCAGGGAGCUUCGACUUGAGUUGAUCCAGAUCACUCUUUUGACGGCUAACCUGGGAGCGAAGCUUCAUCACCUCCUGCUCACACACACACACACACACACACACACACACACACACACACACACACACACACACACACACACACUACAUUGAGAAGGACGCAGAGGAAAAUGCAGUGACACCAAACAGCAACUUUUGAAGUUACCGCUUAAUUUUUUUUUUUUUGGAAAGAUUAUUUUCAGAGCAUGUUCAAUGACGACAUAUCUUGUCUGAAAGUCACGGAUGGUAUCAAUACUGAUUCCUUUGUAGAGGUCUGAUUUCAAUGACAUCUUCAUGGCAAACAUCUUAUAUUUUUUCAAAAAUAUAAAAAAGGGUCAUUAAACAACACUUAACUUUAUUCCCAAGUUUUACAAAGACUUACUAGCUGUAAUGUGCACCCUACAAAACUUUACAACACUACUAACAAAUAUUUUGUCAUGGUUUUUAUAUUUAUACGAAUAAACUCAAUAUAAUUUACUCAACUAAGCCACACAAUUAUGCCAUACACAUUCUGAAUAUGUAAUACGGCAGUGGUUCUCAAAU